AUGUUCCAGUUACCGCUAGAGAUUUUUCUGAUGAGACGAGGCCUUUACCCACCUCCUCCAGGUGAGAGCGACAUCAUCGGCCUGGAGGUGGCCGGUACCGUGGAUUCUCUGGGUCCAGGAGUAAAAACAAACUGGAAACCAGACGAGCGGGUCAUGGCUUUGCUCAGUGGAGGAGGAUAUGCAGAAUAUGUUGCUGUGCCUGAGGAGCUUCUCAUGCCUGUUCCCUCUAAUCUCACACUCUGCCAGGCUGCAGCCGUCCCAGAGGCCUGGCUCACUGCUUUUCAGCUGCUGGAUUUUAUAGCUCAGGUGAAGGAGGGUGAGGUGGUUCUGGUCCAUGCUGGAGGCAGCGGAGUCGGAACCGCCGCCGUCCAGCUGGUUCGUCUGUUUGGUGCCGUUCCUGUCGUCACCGCAGGAAGCCCAGAAAAACUCAAGAUGGCCGAGAAACUGGGCGCAGCAGCUGGAUUCAACUACAAAGAGGGGAGCUUUGCAAAGGGAGUUCAUGACUUCACGGGAGGUAAAGGAGCCAACGUCAUCCUCGAUUGCAUCGGCGGCUGCAACUGGGAGCAGAACGUGAGCUGUUUGGCGGUGGACGGCCGGUGGGUUCUGUACGGCACCAUGGGAGGCAGAUCGGUGGACGGGGACCUGCUGGGUAAGCUGCUCUCCAAACGAGGCCACUUGCUCAGCAGCCUCCUCCGCUCUCGCAGCCUUCAGUACAAAGCGAACCUGGUGAAGGCUUUUUCACGCAGAGUUUUACCACAUUUCUCAGAUCAGUCUGCCUCCUUGAAGCCAGUGAUUGACAGCACUUUCAGCCUGGAGGACAUUGCAGAAGCUCAUAGACACAUGGAAGCCAACAGGAACAUGGGAAAGAUUGUUGUUAAUGUGAUUCCACAGAAGCAGGAAACUCAGUGAUGAUUUAUGAAUCUAUUAGUCUUGUACAUAUGCAUUAUCCACCAAUAAAAUGGUCCAAAUAUAA